GGCCCGGGCGGCGGAGGUAGGCGGCUGAGGCGGCUGAGGCGGCGGGCCGAGGGUGAGGAGGAGGCGGCCGCCAUGAUGUUCGGGGCCCUGAGGAGCGGCUUUGAGGAUGACCCCUUCUUCUCAGAACCUUUCUCUACUCAUCACGAACGCGUGCGCCAAAUGAUGAGAAGUUUUUCAGACCCCUUUGGACGUGACUCAUUUCUUAGUCUUGCCGAUAGAGGAAGAGCGCGACAUCAUAAAGGCCGUGAUAAUUCUGAGGUUGCCUUGCGUGGAAAUCAUAGGAGCACAGAUGUUCAGGAUCCUUUUCAAGCAAUGGACAGAAUGAUGUCAAACAUGCGAAGCAGUAUGCAGGAAUUGCAAAGAAAUUUUGGUCAGCUGUCGUUCGAUUCAGACGGGCAUUCGUUUAGUUCUUCCUCAGUCAUGACCUAUUCCAAAGUAGGAGAUGAACCACCUAAGGUUUUCCAAGCUUCAACCCAGACUCGCAGAGCUCCAGGAGGAAUUAAAGAGACAAGGAAGGCGAUGAAGGAUUCCGACAGUGGAUUGGAGAAAAUGGCUGUUGGUCAUCAUAUACACGAUCGUGCUCACGUCAUUAAAAAAUCGAAGAACAACAAAACAGGGGAGCACGAAGUAAAUCAAGAAUUCAUCAAUUUGGAUGAAUCUGAUGCUCACACUUUUGAUGAAGAAUGGCAAAAGGAGAUUCUUAAAUUUAAGCCAGCUGGAGGCAGAAAUAAUCUAGCCACUCCAAAGCACAAAAGCGUACAUCAUGGUUCCGCAGUAAGGAAGGAAGAUUCAGAUAGGAGGGUGAAGCUCGGCCAGAAAUCACCUAUCGAAGGCCCUAGAAGACCUAAGGUCUUUGUGGAGCAACUCAACAUAAAAGGGUCACCUGUUAAGUCCAGCAAAAAAUAAAUCUCCUUAGGUUAUCGUGAACUAAUCUGAGAAGGCAGCAACUUUGCCGAUACAUCUUCUUGACCAGCUCAACUUACUGAAGCAUUUUUUACAGGAAGUAAAUAAAAUCUACCAUCAUGUAAAUUACCAGAAAUGCCACUGUAAUCGAAAGCUCUGUAUUAAUCUUUAUUAAAGUUUACAUCUGCUGUGUCCCUUGGCCAUGGUUUAACACACCUUAGUCUAUAGCUAAGCAAAUGUUCUUUGUGCUUAUUUCACCAAAAGGAAAAUCAUCCAGCAGGUUCGGCAGGACUUUUUUCCAAUACACUAGGCCUCCUGUUCCAUUCAUAAUUGUUUACUUCUGAAUUUGUGCUGUCAUACUAUAAAUGAAACAAAGUAAAUAGAGAAAAGCUCUCUGUGACUUGACAUAAUCCUGUUACACGUACGCAUUAAGCCUCUGUAACCGUAUCUUUGGUAAUAAAUAUGAUCUAUUCU